UGCUCUGUCUUUGUCAUGUGCAAUUAAUUCCGAGGCCUGGUUUAAAUCAACGCCGUAAGUUGAGUUGUUCCGAGGAAACAAGUGUUUAAAUUCAUGUACACGUUGAUGUGUGUUUCAAAGAAAAGAUUUCUUCUGACGUAUGUACGCGAUAUCGUUGGCAGGAUGUUUGAUUACUGAUAAAAUUGUUGUUCGUCGUCAUGUGUUUAGUUCUUACAUUGCCAGCCAGACCGUAAAAGCACCGAACACGAUUAGCGAUAGUGUGUCGAAAAGGAAUUGAUUUAAAAUGGAAACGGCUGAAAUCGAGGAGAAUAGGAAUCACCCUAAGUCCAUAAAAUUACCAGCCACAGUCGAGGUAUUCGCAAAUUUGAAAAAUGCUCAAAAAUUCGCUAUUGACAUCGGCUUAUCACUGACGAAAAUAGCUUAUUAUUCAACAGUUAGUUAUCGCAAAGCACUCUAUGAAGAUACAGGUUUAGGGAAUACUGGAGAACGGGCAUACAAAGUAUACGAAGGAAAUAAACUUCAUUUUGUUAAGUUUGAAACUCAAUACAUUGAAAACUGUUUAGACUCUGUAAAAGAAAAUUUAGUGAAUGUUGAAAGGUUUCAAGGCAAAAGCAUUAAAGUAACUGGAGGAGGAGCAUAUAAAUAUACCCCUUUGUUGCAAGAAAAAUUGGGCUUGAUUGUUGAUAAGGAAGAUGAAAUAGCAUGUUUGAUAAAAGGCUGUAAUUUUUUACUUAAAAACAUACCAUGCGAAGCAUUCGAAUUUGAAAGGCAUGGAUCUCCUGAGUAUAAAUUUCAAAAGGCUGAUCCUAACAUAUUUCCAUAUAUGUUAGUUAAUAUCGGUAGUGGUGUCAGUAUUAUGAAAGUAGAAUCUGAUAAAGUAUUUGAAAGAGUUGGUGGCACAGCUACCGGAGGAGGAACAUUUUGGGGUCUAGGCUCGUUACUCACAAAGAGAAAGGGCUUUGAUGAAUUGCUGCAACUUGCAGACCGAGGAGAUCAUCGUAAUGUUGAUAUGUUAGUGAAAGAUAUUUAUGGAGGUGAUUAUUCUUCUCAAGGUUUGUCUGGGGAGCUUAUUGCAUCUUCUUUUGGUAAAGCAACAUCUUGCAAUAACGGGCGAUUGAAAUUUUCCGAAGCAGAUCUUGUUAGAAGUCUUUUAUUCACAAUAAGCAAUGAUAUUGGACAAAUAGCUAGUUUGUAUGCAACUGUGCAUAAAAUAGACAAGAUUUAUUUUGGAGGCUAUUUUCUCCGUAAUCACCCUCUAUCGAUGCAUACUAUUUCAUAUUCCAUCAAAUACUGGUCACAUGGGAAAGUAAAACCGCUUUUCCUGCGCCACGAGGGUUACCUGGGUGCGAUUGGGGCAUUUUUAUACGGCGCUGAACAGUCGGAUGAACAUAGCUGGUUAGAAAAUUAUGCAGGUUCUUCAGGAUUCAAGGAUUCAGUAUGCACUAAUCUUGGAAUUACAGUUGAUCAGUUGGAGAUUGACCAAGCAGAAAAUGCUGUCACAUUUUGCCCAUUAUUAAAAGAUCCUGCAACUUACAAUCCUGAUACAACGGAUCUUGCAGAAGACAAAGAAGCUAGGGAUUACUGGCUUCAGUGCUUCGAGGAAUCGGUGGAUAAGUUUGUGGCGAGAGCUAUUCACAGUCAACCUCAUAGCCCAACUGCAAAGGACAGAGCAACAAAACUUAAGGAGAAAUAUGUCAAUAGACUACAUUAUCUACACUUGCAACCAUUUGCAUAUGGAACGCUCACUGUAAGAGUAUUGUUGGACACUAUUGAACAUUGUAUGAAGGAAUUCGACUUCCCCGAUCCCUAUUUACAUCAAAAGAAGAAGGAAAACGAAGAAGCUUUAAAUCAUUUGAAAGAACGAUUAGCUGUUGUGGAUAAGUUAAAGGGAGUGGAAAAGACAAGUGCUUUAAUAUUAGGGGUUCUAAGUGGUAAUAUGUUUGAUUGGGGUGCGAAAGCUGUUGCUACUUUAAUGGAAACAACAGACUUUGGUUUUGCAGAGGCUGAAGCAAAAAUACCAGGUAGGCCCUGGUUACGAGACGAUCUGGAUGAUUGGAUAGAAAGAUUGGAAGUAGGAAAACCUCAUAAAUGCGCAGCCAUUUUUGUCGACAACAGUGGAGUUGACAUAGUGUUGGGGAUUUUACCAUUUGCCCGAGACUUAUUACAGCGAGGCACCAAAGUUAUACUCUGCGCUAAUUCAAUGCCAGCGUUAAACGAUGUAACAUAUCCAGAACUGGUUGUGACGUUGCGGGACGCAGCAAAAAUAUGUAAAGUGAUUAGGCACGCUCUGAAAGAAAAUCGAUUGAUCCCCAUGGAAACGGCUCAAGCAGGACCUUGUCUUGAUCUUAGCCGCCUGAAUCUAGAUCUGUGUCUCGCGAUGGUAAAGCAUAACGUUGAUCUUAUUGUAAUCGAAGGCAUGGGCAGAACACUUCAUACAAAUCUUUACGCAAAGCUGACUUGCGAAUGUUUGAAGCUAGCAGUUAUUAAAAAUCGGUGGCUGGCGCUUCGUUUAGGCGGUGACAUGUACUCCGUGAUAUGUAAAUACGAGCGACCACAACCAAAAUCCACCAUUUACGAUGUUGAUAUGGGAGAAAAAUGUCCAUCGGAGUGUAUCGAUACAAGGGUGCCAGAAUGUACAUGUGAGAACGAUGAUUAAAACCAUGAAGUUGUAACUAUAUUCGACAAUACACAUUGGAAUACGCUGACCUAUUUAAAAUUUCAUUUGAAUCUGUAGGGACUGAGAACUAGUUUGCUAAAGUAUUGAUCUAAACUUAAGUAUGUAUAUAAAAUAUUUACCGAUACUUUUUAUAACAUUUAUUGUUAUUUGUUUCUAACAAUGCAACUACUACAAAACUUGCGAAUAAUAAUGAUAGAAACUUGGAUGAUUGCAUCACGUUUGGAAAUGAAACAAUGCAAAAUUAUUGAAACAUUUUUCACGUUCUCAGAACAUCAGACUUUUUAAUACAAUGAAGUCAACCAAGUUUCGAGAAUUAACUUACUUGUUACUUGACCACGAGGGCCUUAGCGUUGACAGAAGAAUACCGAUAAGUAACAAUUAAUGCCUAGUCAACGAUAACAAAAUUAUUUUUUCUGUAAUUUAAAAGAAGAAAAAGGUUACCGUAGAUUAGUGAUAAAGUAACGACGACCAAUUGUAACGAUUACAAACAUGUAUGCGAGGUACCUGUCUCGUGCAUGUAUAAAUACUUCGCACACCUACAUGUACGACGUAAUACUGUACAGUAUAUCUUCUGUGAUAAUACAACAUUCAAGAAAGAAGUCAUACGUUCAUGUGUAUUGAAAUUUGAGGCGAUAUAAUGGAGUGAUACAUACAAAAUGGAAGUACUCUAAUAAGAGAGACAGAGUGUUUGCGUCCUGAGGAAAUUUUGUUUACGAUAAUCCACUUGCGUUAGACUGGACAUCAUAAAAUAAGAGUUUAUAUAUAUACAUCUAAUUAAUCAGAUUUCGAAGCGUUUUUUUAUAUCUUCAUUUAUCAAAGAAAACUAGUAUUCGGAAAAAUAAAUGUCUAGAAAAAGUUGUUUCAUUCGUCCUGAUAAUCACGAGCUCUAAUAUCUAAUUCCCGGUUAUGUUAAUGAUGCUUGUACUGGAAACGCAUAAGUACCACAAUCGCACGAGAAUGAUUUCUAGAAGAAGAGAAUAUCAGAACAACUUAAUCGAUUUUAACGAGAAUGUCGUAAUGGGACCGAGGAACGUUGUUAAGAGUUGAAAAAAAGUGUCUAAAAUAAUAGGAAGAACCUUAAUGGGGUUCGUUAAUACUCGACUUUCGAUGUACGUGUAUGUGAUAUUUCGUUUGGUUUAUAACGUGUAAAUAAAAACCUUACUUUUUGUCGAACCA